UUGUUGUUCCUGUCAGCAGCGGAGCAGCGCCCCUCGUCCUGCUUCCUGAAAAUGGCCAGCUGGGGAAGAGUCGCUGCUGUCCUGAGGAGCUUCCUGAGGAGCUGGCCUCGGUCUCUGGGGGGUGCGGGACUGUACCGAGCCGUCGGCCCGGGGGUUUUAGGUUCUCUAGUCGGAGCCGGAGCGAUUUGUUACCAUCGGUAUCAUGCUAACAGCAGGACGUCGCCUUUUGCGGUCCACGCCGAGGAGCGGACUGAAGCUGCACCACCCCAGCUGUCAGCCAGAAAGAUGCGCUUCAACCAGUUUGCCUCCAUGGUGUAUGAAGACGAGCCCUACAUGACCCCGAGGGACUUCCUCUUCUCUGUGAUGCUGGAGCGCGAAGACCGGAAGCUGCAAAAGAAAGUUUUAACCAAGGAGGAGGUUAAUAAAAUGUUGGCUGCUGCUUCGAAAGCGCGAGGUGGCAACAAUCUGUUCAGAAACUUUGGAGACAACGGGUUAAUAUCCUACACAGAGUACUUGUUCCUCCUGACCAUCCUUACCAAGCCGCGCACGGGGUUUCAUAUUGCAUUCAAAAUGCUUGAUAUUGAUGGCAAUGAGCAUGUGGACAAAAAGGAGUUUCUCAAGCUCAAGAAAAUAAUUGGGAAAAGAAAAGACAGAGUUCCUAAGGACAGCAUGGAGAGAGCAGCAGUGGAGGAGGGGGACGGCGUUAACACGACACUACAGGCCUUCUUCUUUGGGAAGGACGGACAAAAUAAGUUGCAGUAUCAGGACUUCCAUAAGUUCAUGGAGGACCUGCAAGCCGAAGUUCAGGAGAUGGAGUUCCUGCAGUUCUCCAAGGGCAUGGACACCAUGCGAAGGGAAGACUUUGCCGAGUGGCUGCUACACUACACCAACGCGGAAGACAAUGAAGCCUACUGGGAAAACAUGAGGAAGAGGAUCCCCGCAGGCCAGAGUAUCACAUUUGACGAGUUCAAAGCCUUCUGCCUCUUCAGCAACAAUCUGGAGGAUUUUGCCUUUUCGGUGAAAAUGAUCAGUCAGUCUAACCGUCCAAUAGGAAUGGCCCAGUUUAAGCGAGCUGUGAGGAUCGCCACAGGACACAACCUGUCAGAGAACGUGCUGGACACCGUGUUUAAAAUCUUUGAUCUGGAUGGAGACAACUGCCUGAGCCACAAGGAGUUCAUCGGUGUCAUGGAAGACAGAGUGCUGCGGGGUCUCAAGGUGCGGCCUCAACAUGGCUUCUCUGGCUACUGGAAAUGUGUGAAGCAAGAGACCCUGAAGGGAGCCCAAGAGGCCCUGCGGGACAGCGGUUCUCCCUUCUGAAGCCCCCUGGUGUUUUGGAGCGGCUGCAGCUCGAGUGCUUGAUGAGACGAUCAGACAAACCACGGCCCCGCUUUGCAUUUUAUAAUCAAACAAGUGGUGAGCAAGACAUAAACAAAUGCAAGGAGAGGAUUUACACCACAUUCAACGCACAUAUGUUUACAGAUCAACAUGUCUGUGCAGAAUGUUGGGCUGCAGUGGAAGCCUGUGAGAACUAGGGGUGUGGUUUGUGUUUACAAUUUUUUUUUUUUUUUUUAAGAUCUGAACAUAGCUUGGUGUGGUGUGCUGAUCUUGGUAUUUGAUCACAUCAUGCAUGUAACUUUGCACUGUGAGCACAUCUUUUGUUAAUCGCAUUCAGUGUGUUUACAAAACUGGUUAACUGUGGUAUGGCCUAGCGAUUUGUAGAAAAAUCCAGUAUCUAUGCAUGCAUGUUUGGUUUGUGGGUUUUUAUAGCAAACUGUAAAAUAAAAGUUUUCUCUAAAAAAAAAAAAAGCUCAA